UACACAAUACGCACUUCGCCACUGGAAGACAUAGAUGUAGGAAGUAGUGUGUUGAGGAAAACGGUGGAAGGAAUUAUUCCUUCCUCGGUGGAUGCAAUCUAGAAAGCAGCACUUUAUACCACACCAGCUCAGACUAUGCCAAAAAACUACUUUAUAUUAAAAUAUCUUAUAAAUACUACUGAUCAAAAACGUAAAACAAAAAAACAACGCAAAAUCAAUAAAAAAAAAACAAAGGAACCAACCAGUAACAAAUAAAGACGAAACCAAGUGAAUACAAUAGAUCCAAGCACUAUUCUCCCUGCCAGUGGCCCUACAGAGUUGGUUUGGUAGUCUCCAUGCAUACCCACUACCCCCGAGGCAGCAUGAAACCAGAAAUCAUCGCGGCUGUGGGAUUUAUCUCCAAGUUCCUCCGUACCAAGGGCUUGAUGAACGAUCGGCAGUUGCAGGUCUUCAACCAGUCUCUACAAGAACUGCUGUCAGACCAUUACAAACAGCACUGGUUUCCAGAAAAGCCUUGCAAGGGAUCUGGGUACCGGUGUAUUCGCAUAAACCAUAAAAUGGAUCCCUUAAUUGGGCAAGCAGCAAAUCGCAUUGGACUAAGCAGUCAACUACUGUUUCAGCUUCUGCCAAGUGAACUCACUUUAUGGGUCGACCCCUAUGAAGUGUCUUAUCGUAUUGGAGAAGAUGGCUCAAUAUGUGUGCUCUAUGAAUCUGUACCAUUAGUUAGCAGCAUACAAAGUAGCAGCUCGGCAAUUGUAGAGAGCAGGAUCAGCUGUAAAGAAGAACUACUUCUGGGUCGAACAAGCCCAUCCAAAACCUACAAUAUGAUGACUGUGUCGGGCUAAGAUAUGGUCAUUGGAUAGAUCAUCUUGUAACAGAUGGAAACAUAUUGUUUUUAGUUUGGGAGGGCUCCUAUGGGGAUGGAUUGUGAAUUUCAAACAAUGUCACAGCUGUGAAGAUUGGGCACAAAAUAGUGGUAGUCAUAACUAAAGUGAAAGUGCCACGGUUUGGACAGUACCUUUCAGUAAUUUAAUAGCCUGUAUGUUAACCAGAUUAGCACAAAAUGUUACACAUAGAAUGACCUCAGAAUGGCACUAGGCAUUGGUUUACUUUAUUAGCAUUUACCCAAAGCUCAAUUUUUUUCGCUCCUCCGCAGGAUCUCUUGCAGGGUUAAAUUUGCACUAAUGAGCUUAAAUAUAGUCCUUAUUACUCUUGGCAGCUCAGUAGCAAGAUGAAUAGUUUUGAGUAUGAAAAUUACUGUAAUAGUAUAUGGCAGACUGAACUUGCACUGAAAAUAUGUAUAGAUGUAUAUAGAAAUGAAAUAAGAAUAUUCAAUCUGUCACACAUACUUGAGUGGACCCUUCAUAUUAUUUGAUAAACUUGAACAGAGAAUAGAUAUAUUCUGCCUUGGCAACAGGCUAAAAAAAUACAUUUUAAAGACACUGUCUGAACUGUGGUGUUAUCACCAGCCAGCUUAUCUGUACAUUACUAGCUUGUAGUUUUCUAAGACGGUGUAAACUUAUUUUUAGAAAGUGGAGUUCUGCUUUGUAAUUUCUUGUACUUAAUUGGGUAAAAAUCUUUUCCACAAACCACCAUCUAUUUUGUGAAUUUUGUUAGUCUCCUUUUAUUUGGUAAAUUAUGAACUGAAAACUGUAAAUUUGUACAGUUCAUGUAUAUUGAUUGUGGCAAAGAUGUACAGAUUUCUAUAUUUUGGAUGAGAAUUUUUCUUCUCUAUAAUAAAUUGUUUCUUAUCUUGGCAUUUUAAACAAA